UCCCCCCUCUCUCUCUCUCUGUCUCUCGCUUCGCCCGCUCUCCUUCCCCCGCCGCCGCCGCCGCCGCCGCCGCACUGCCCGCACGCAGUUCCUACCGGAGCCCAGCGAAGAUCUUCCUCCUCUCCUCUCGACUGCCUGCCAGAAUGCCCCCGAAGAAGCGCCUGCACCUGUCGCCCGCUGGUCCCAAGCUGGAAGACCAUGUCGAGGAAGCUGCUCCUGCUGUCUCUACCUCUGGCACGGAAGCAGAUUCCGAGGAGGAAGAGGAGGAAGUUGGCGACAGCGGCAGCAGCCGCGGGAACAACGAAGACGACGGUGGCAGCCAUUCAUCGCAGAUUGACGGUGCCGACAUGGACGAUCCAUCCAAAGUGCACAUCUUUGUCAAGAAUCCCGCUGGCAGGAAAAUCUGUCUCAGGGGUGUCCACUUGACAGACACCCUUUACACCAUCAAGGCAAAGAUCCAGGAGCAGUAUCGCCUCGUCUUCGAUGGGGUGCAGCUGGAAGACAACCGUACAUUGGCGGAUUACGGCAUCAAGCAUGAUUUCACGCUUGACCUCCAAGAAAAGAUGCAAAUCUUCGUGACAGAGACGCUAGAAGGCAGGACCAUCACUCUUGAGGUGGACAGCCUAGACACCAUUGACAAGGUGAAGGCCAAGAUCGAAAACACCGAGGGCUUCCCCAAGGUCCAGCAGUGCCUCAUCUUUGCCAACAAACAGCUGGAGGACGGCAAGCGCACCUUGGCUGACCACAACAUCUGUAAAGGGUCCACUCUUCUCCUCAUCCUCCUCCCGUGUAGGCCAGAUGGUGUGAUGCCAAUCUUUGUGAAGACGCCGGAAUGGAAGAGCCUCACCCUUAAGGUUGGGAGCUUGGACACCGUCGACAGUGUCAAGGUGAAGAUCUACGAGAAAAACGGCGUUCCUCCUCGACAGCAGCGCCUCAUCUUUGCUGGCAAGCAGCUGGAGGACCACCGCACCCUGGCGGACUACAAUACUGAGAGCAAUGAUACCUUUCAAUUGGUGUACCGCCUUUGUGGUUGCUGAGCUGAAUGGCCUGUCAUUCAACAACCUGUUUUAUUUUGCUAGAGCCUUCCUCCAGUAGUGGUGUACUAUCAUCAUUCUAUUACGUUAAUAUUGCUCCACUCUUGUUCCGUUGUUCUGGUAGUGGUGUGUUAAUUAGCAGGAAAACUAUCAUUGCUAGUACGUUGAUGUGCUGAGUAAAUUCUUAUCUAUUAAGUGUCCUUGGGUGUGUUAA